AUGCCUCCCUAUAGGGGAAAACCUUUGAAACUCUACAUAUCAGCAUUAGAGAAAUCCAUUAGGAGUUUGCUGGCUCAGAAUAAUGGAGGAAAAGAACAAGCAGUAUACUAUCUCAGUAGAAUUCUUACUGGGGUAGAAACAAGAUAUAUUCAAGUGGAGAAGUUAUGUUUAACCUUGUAUUUUACUACCAGUAAGCUGAGGCAUUACACAAUGCCUUGCUAUACUCACAUAAUUGUUAAGACUGAUGUAAUCAAAUACAUAUUGUCCAAACCCAUGCUGAUAGGAAGAAUUGAGAAAUGGAUUCUAGCCCUCUCAAAAUUUAGUUUCCAAUAUGUGUCUCAAAAGGCGGUGAAAGGGCAAGCAAUUGCAGACUUUCUGACAGUACACCAAGAACCUGAAGAAGAGUUGAUCAAUAUUCUUGAAACUCUGAAAGUUGCAAGUAUUUGGUUUCCACUGAGAGAAGGAAAUUUAGGCAAGGAAGUUUGGAUCCAGCAAGAGAUAAAAAGAUUAUCCAGCUUAUGGAUCACUCCAUGGAAGCUAUAUUUUGAUGGAUCAUGCACACAGCAAGCUACAGGUUCAGGGAUAGUCAUUGUCAGCCUACAGGGGGCUUACCAUUCUUAUUCAUUUCUCUUGGAUUAUGACGAUAUAACCAAAAACAUACUAGAAUAUGAAGCACUAAUCAUUGGCUUAGAAAUCUUGAUAGAAUUAAGGCAGGAGAAAAAGAGGUAUUUGGAGAUUAAGAGUUAA